AUGGCUCAGCGACACAUGUGCCCUUCAAUGGGUGCCUUGAGGCGCUCAUUAAUAGGGGAUGUAGCAGCCCUGCCCAAAUGCUCAACGAGGGCACUCCACAGCACAGCGAAGAGACUGGAAGAGCAACCCAGCGAUGCAUCUCCAGCCCACCACUCAGCGCCAAACACACGCAAAGCCCGGCAGGCGACUGCUCUCAAGCAGAUCACCUCGCUUCAGAACCGCCGCAUCCAGCCCGGCGCACUCGCUCGAGGCUCUUUUCCAAGCGGUCAGAUGGCACGACGAGCCCCCCGCUCGCCCUCCACUCCGCUCACCAAGGAUGGCUUCAUCCCCGAAGACAACGCCCCAGCCGAUGCGCAGCCAGACGCAAACCCCCGCUUCGCCCGCAACACAGCACGCCCAACGACGACCCGCGGCUCGACCCCUCCCCAGGGCCAGAUGGUCCGCGCCCCCUCCACACUGCGUGUAACCCGUCAAACAGUUGACGGCCCUGCUCGUGGCCCCGCUCGUGGACCCAACGUGCGUGGCCCCAAUCUACGCGGUCGAGAAGGCGGACGAACAGGACCAGGUGGAAAGCGCGCUGGUGGUGCGCGAGGCAACAACCGUGGUGACGGAGGACCUCAGAAGCGGAAGAAGGGCGCUGGUGGCGAAGAAUCGAUGCCCACUUCCCUUGCGGACGUGAAGAUUGAGGAAACCGUCUCAACGAGCAUGCAGCAACAGCUCUUGCGUCUGCAAAGGAAGGAGUGGGACCGCGUGCCUUACGAGCCCAAGUAUGCCAAGGGCAGUUUUGCCGCCAAUGAGUUGAUACACGCUGGAAGGGAGCUGUUCAAGGGCGAGGCCCCACCAGUCAAGUUUUGGGGACCUCUUGAGCACAGAAUCGGCGUUGUGGGCAUGUUUGGAGCGGAGGCGACUUUGAAGGUUCGCAGGGUGCCCGAUGGCGAUGCAGAGCCAUUUGGACAGGAGGUACUCGAGCAAGAAGGGCCAGUCGAGGCCAAAGGUGCGGAGAAGAAGCAGGCUGUAGCACAAUAGAGUGCCAUGUGGACUAUGUAUAUUGGAACUGUACAUUUACGGAUAUCAAAGACUCAUGAUUGUUCGGGAUGUGGUUGUUUAUUUCUAGCUUGAGGCGUCUAUGUACGUGACGUACGCCGUUGCGAGAUUACCAUGUCUGGCGCGACGCGCAUCGCAGAUCGUGCCUCUAGAGUUUCCAUCAACGAAGUAGCUCAAUGCGGCUACAAAGCAUCACGACUUAUUUGGAAGCCCACACGACCUUGUACUUGAACUGUGUGGGGAAGCUCCUAUCUGUGAUGAGCAGCUCUUCACCCUCUUCGACCAAGUCGAUCAUCUUCUUCUCUAGGUUAGGACGUGUUUGCUCUUCGAGGCCUGCGAGCUGCAUGUAGAGCGACUUCUCACCCGUACGGAUAGAGGGC